AUGUCGCCACUGUUUCAAGAAGUGCAACAUCUUCCUCCCGUAGGUCGAUCGGAUCACCAAUGCCUCCUUUUGAAUCCAAAACAUCGGACGAGUACACGCCCAAUAACUAAAACAUUUCGAUCGAUGAAACGUUCAAACUUAAUAGCUCUCGAGCUAAGACUAAGCAGAACUAUUUCGGAUGCAGUAUACGAAGCAGAAAACGUAGAUGACAAAGUCUCAAUUUUCAAUGGAGUUAUUAGUCAAGCUCUAGACGGAUGUAUGCCUCUGAAAUCCAUACGAUUACAUCCCACGGAUAAACCUUGGAUGACUCCAAACAUUAACGCAAAGAUUAAGCUUAGACAACGGGCUUUUACUCGUGGCAGCAUGUCCCAGUAUAAUUUUCUAAGUGCACAAGUUGAAGAUAUGAUUAGAAAAGCCAAAUCAAAUUACUAUCAAAAUAAGGCUAAAACAUUCCGCACAUCUGACCCUGCGAAAUGGUACGAAGCAAUUUAUAAUCUGUCCGGAGUAAGUAGUCAGCAUGAAGGCCUAAUAGUAAACUCCAUGGGUAGUGAGGCCGCUUUAGCAGAAAAGCUUCAAAUAUCCUUUACUGAACCAUGGAAAGACCUAAUUACAACAAAUAUUCCCCAACUAGAUGAAGUUGAGUCACUUCUCAAAGACUAUCCUCCCCCUCUACCUAGUAUUGGCCAGAUUAAGUGCAACGGGAGCCGAUGGUGUUCCAGCAUGGUUACUUAAACGAUUCUCUAGCGUUCUAGCGCCGACUGUUCAUGACAUCAUUACGGCUAGCAUUAAACAGUGUAAGUAUCCAAGUCAUUACAAACAUGGCCUGGUCACACCUGUGCCUAAAGCAUACCCACCAACUGACAUUAGUGACGAUUUUAGACAAAUCUCUGUUUUGCCACAUAUUGGGAAAAUUCUAGAGAGAGUACAACUACAACUCAAUCAAAAUGACAUCACAUUACGUUCCAGUCAACAUGGUUUUACUAGUGGCCGCUCUACUACAUCGGCUCUGAUAUCCAUCACACAGCCAUGGUUUAAUGCUACUGACAAUACCUGCCGUGACAAAGCAGGCAUCCAUGCCCUCUUUAUCGACUUUAAAAAAGCCUUUGAUCUAGUUGAUCAUAGGAUCCUGUUGAAUAAACUUGCAUUGAUGAAUGUUAAUAAAAGCUUCUGGUUGUGGGUCAAAAGCUUCUUAUCUGGUAGAACUCAGCAGGUCAAGAUAAAUCAAACACUUUCAUCGAUCGAGGGUUGCCCAGCUGGAGUACCGCAAGGAUAUGCUCUUUCGCCGACUCUAUUUAAUAUCCACAUUGACGACUUAGAUACGAGUGUUCCUGAAGAUCUUGAG